AUGCAUUUCUGUUUCCUGUAUUUGUGUUUUUCAUAUUUUUCAUUUCUCGUGCAGGAAAUAUGCGAAAAUCCUGAGUUUAUAAUUGGUGGCGCGAACAGAACAGAUAUCUGUCAAGGAGAUUUAGGUGACUGCUGGUUUUUGGCUGCCAUUGCUUGUCUAACCCUUAAUGAAAAGUUACUUUUCCGUGUCAUACCUCCAGACCAAAGCUUCACUGAAAACUAUGCUGGGAUAUUUCAUUUUCAGUUUUGGCGCUAUGGAGAUUGGAUUGAUGUGAUAAUUGAUGACUGCCUGCCGACUUUUAACAAUCAGUUAGUAUUUACAAAGUCUUCUCAGCGGAAUGAGUUCUGGAGUGCACUUCUGGAAAAAGCUUAUGCAAAGUUACAUGGAUCUUAUGAGGCACUUAAAGGUGGAAACACUACAGAAGCCAUGGAGGACUUCACAGGUGGCGUUACUGAAUUUUACGAAAUUAAAGAUGCACCAAAAGACUUGUUCAAAAUCAUGAAAAAAGCUUUUGAAAGGGGCUCACUCAUUGGAUGCUCAAUCGAUGCUAUUGUACCGGCACAGUUUGAGACCCGCAUGGCCAGUGGACUGGUUAAAGGCCAUGCUUAUUCUGUAACAGGAGUGGAAGAGACAACAUUUAAAGCAGAGAAGGUAAAGCUUGUCCGUCUAAGAAAUCCAUGGGGACAAGUGGAAUGGAACGGAUCCUGGAGUGAUAACUCAAAGGAAUGGAAUAUAAUUGACAAAUCUGAGAACGCUCGUCUACAACAUCAGAUAAAAGAAGAUGGCGAAUUCUGGAUGUCAUUUGAUGAUUUUAUGAAGAACUUCACAAAGCUUGAGAUUUGUAACCUAACAGCAGAUGCUCUGGAAUCAGACAGGUUACAAACAUGGACGGUGUCAGUCAAUGAGGGACGAUGGGUCCGAGGCUGCUCUGCUGGUGGAUGUCGAAAUUUUCCAGACACCUACUGGACUAAUCCUCAGUACCGUCUGAAGCUCUUGGAGGAAGAUGAUGACCCUGAUGACAAUGAAAUUGUUUGCAGUUUCCUUGUUGCCUUAAUGCAGAAAAACCGCAGAAAAGAUCGAAAAAUGGGAGCAAAUCUGUACACAAUUGGCUUUGCUAUUUAUGAGGUAACUGUUGUGCAGAUGCAUGGGAAUAAGCAACAUCUACAGAAGGACUUCUUCUUGUACAAUGCCUCCAAAGAUCGGUGUAAGUCUUAUAUCAACAUGAGAGAAGUCUCACAACGUUUUCGACUACCUCCCAGUGAAUACGUCAUCAUCCCUUCUACCUAUGAGCCACACCAGGAAGGAGAAUUUAUUCUGAGGGUCUUUUCAGAGAAAAGAAAUGUUUCAGAGUAA